AUGCUCUGGACAGAGCCUGCAGGUCAGGCCAAUCCUGGACGAACACGAAACUCUACACACUUCAGUAUGGUGUGGUGUGGCGAGCAAGCGUUUAGUGAGAUACGACGCUUUGUCGUCGUUCGUAACAAGGGGACUUUUAGCCAGUGCAUCCCAAUCCAAACUUACAAGGGCCGCGGUGCCACUAAGCCUGGCUUAGUAAUGAACGACCAUGGUGUAAUACAUACUUCUAAAGAUCCACCUGGAUUGAUAUCCGGAGAAAACCUUACGAAAUACUCGAUUCGUGUCGAGUCAACGGCAGGAGAGACCCUCGACGUGGAGAGUCGAGUGAACUACGGCAAAGCUUACGCGGUCGAACACAACGUCAAGGUACUCGACAUAGGUAUGGUGAUGGAGGGCCACCGUUAUCUGAUUAGCACCUACUUCGACAGGGCUAUGCGAGGCCAAUGA